CCUCUGCAUGGGUAUAUAGAGCCAGCUAGGCAGAGAGAGACACAGAUUUGCAGACACAGAGCAAGCAAGAGGUUGGAGAAGGUCUUAGCCCCAGGUGCCCUGAAAUCCUUCUAGAAUGAAAAUUGCAAACGUUGACUACAGUAUGAAAAAGUGUCAAGGAUCACCAGCUAGCAUCCUACCAAUAAAGUCACCAUGUGGAUGAUGAAGAUCGUGGCCCUCGGCUUCCUCCUCGCUGUACAUGCAGCAGUUGAUAAGAAGCUGGUUGUUGACAAGAAACCAGCAGAUGCUCCAGUUGCAAAGAAGAUCAGUGAGCAAGCUAACACACUUGCGGACAAAAGUGCAGGCCUUGCGUUCAACCUCUACCACACUAUGGCCAAGGACAAGAAGAUAGAGAACAUUCUUGUCUCACCUGUGGUGGUGGCAUCUUCUCUUGGCCUGGUAAACCUCGGUGGGAAGGCCAGUACUGCUGCCCAAGCUAAGGCUGUCCUGAGCGUUGACAAGCUGAGUGAUGAUCACAUGCACUCUGGCCUUGCAGAGCUCCUCAAUGAAGUCAGCAAUUCCACGGCCCGUAACGUCACUUGGAAGAUUGGGAACCGGUUGUAUGGACCAAGCUCCAUCAGCUUCACUGACGACUUCGUUAAGAACAGCAAAAAACACUACAACUACGAACACUCCAAGAUCAACUUUAGAGACAAGAGAAGUGCCCUUAAAUCCAUCAACGAAUGGGCUGCCCAGACUACUGAUGGCAAGCUGCCCGAGGUGACUAGCGAUGUGGAGAAGACCGAUGGUGCGCUCAUUGUCAAUGCCAUGUUUUUCAAGCCUCACUGGGAUGAAAAAUUUCACCACAAAAUGGUCGACAACCGUGGUUUCAUGGUGACUCGCUCCUUCACCGUGUCCGUUCCCAUGAUGCACCGCACAGGUUUGUACAAUUACUUUGAGGAUGAAGUUAACACUCUUCAGAUCUUGGAGAUGCCACUGGCUCACAAACUGUCCAGUAUGAUCUUAAUCAUGCCGUACCACGUUGAGCCACUGGAACGGGUGGAGAAACUGCUGACCCGAGAGCAAGUGAAGACCUGGAUAGGAAAGUUUACUAAGAAGGCAGUGGCCGUGUCUCUGCCCAAAGUCAGCCUGGAAGUUAGCCACGACCUCCAGAAACAUUUGGGAGAUCUUGGCCUGACCGAAGCCAUUGAUAAAUCCAAAGCUGACCUUUCCAAAAUCUCUGGCAAGAAGGACCUUUACCUUGCCAGCAUGUUCCAUGCUGCAGCCUUGGAGUGGGACACUGAUGGAAACCCAUUCGACGCAGACGUCUAUGGCAGGGAAGAGCUGAGAACCCCUAAACUCUUCUACGCUGAUCACCCCUUCGUCUUCCUUAUCAAGGACAACAAGACAGACUCUAUCCUCUUCAUUGGCCGACUAGUGAGGCCAAAGGGAGACAAAAUGCGUGAUGAAUUAUAGUAUAUUCCAAAACACAAAUGGGGGGCAUGGCUGGGUAGUUUUAAAAAAACUUUGAUAUCGUUUUGUAUUACAAAGGGUGCUAAAUGGCUCAUGUCACAUCUUGUAAUUAGACACAGCAAUCUGUUUACAUCAGCAGUGGUGUACCCUCUGGGGUUAAUAGUCCUGACCAGAAUAACUCACUGCAGUUUGCAAAGUAACAGGGAAAGAGAUGCUCAAUUUAACCCCGUGCACAGCAUUCCAGGAGAGCACGCUCGUAAUGGCUUCUAUCACGAACUCUCCUUAGCACAGGGCUUUUCAAAAUGG